AUGGCUGAUAGUGGUCUGAAGAGAAAUAUUCCUAUCAAACUUGGUGACUUUUCUGUCAUCGACACUGAAUUCUCAAGCAUCAGGGAACGAUUUGAUGCCGAAAUGAGGAAGAUGGAAGAAGAAAUGAGCAAAUUCAGAUCAGAACUAAUGAAUAGAGAAAGCAACAACUUCUUCAAAAGCACAACUAGUUCGACUACAUCUUCACAACACAGCGACAGCAGACAAUUGGCAGAGCCGAGCCACUGGGACAGUCUAAACUCACCCUUGAUCCAGGAUGAGGGUGACGGCAAGUCACUCAAGCUUCGCUUUGAUGUUAGCCAGUAUACUCCUGAGGAGAUCGUUGUGAAGACUGUAGACAACAAAUUGUUGGUCCAUGCCAAACACGAAGAGAAGUCUGACACAAAGUCCGUGUACAGAGAGUACAACAGAGAGUUUCUGUUGCCCAAGGGCACCAACCCAGAAGCUAUUAAGUCUUCGCUGUCACGAGACGGUGUACUCACCGUUGAAGCACCACUGCCGCAGCUCGCCAUCACCGAUAGAAACAUCCCCAUCCAGAAGCACUGA